AUGUGGCUUUCAGAGGCUCAAAAGUUCGGCGUGGCUUUCACGUUUGGAGGCUGUUUAUUUCUGGCAUUUGGUGUAAUCACUUUUUUCGACCGGGCGCUGUUAGCGCUUGGAAACAUCCUGUUUUUAGUAGGGCUGCUGCUGAUAAUCGGCCCCCAGAAGACUUAUACGUUCUUUUCAAGGCCGAACAAAAGACGUGGGUCUAUUUUUUUCGUUGCAGGCGUAUUGAUGAUCUUAGCGAAAUGGACAUUUCUUGGGUUCGUGAUUGAGUGUGUGGGUAUUGCAGGGCUUUUUGGCGAUUUUUUCGGUGUUGUGGUUCAAUUUCUAAGAUCAUUGCCCGUUAUUGGACCUGUCCUGUGUCAUCCGGCGGUCGCGCCGUGGGUCGAUCGACUAGCUGGAGUGCGCGUUCUGCCCGUAUAG